AUGAGUUCUGAUUUCUUUCUUGAGUUUGAAGAUAAUUACAAUGCAGAACAACAUCAUGGUAGUAAUAAUAUAGAGGAAUCAAAUAGUAAAUAAUUUAGGGGUCCGACUCGAUUCAAUUAGAAAAUUGAUCCAUUGGAUGAGGGUGAUAAUACAGUAAAGCCACCAACAGUUGGAAGUUAAUAUAUUGAUAAUGUAAUUUCAUAAUAAUCACAAUAAUUGGAAUUGAAUAAAGUUCCAAGAGUAAUGUAGUUUUCUCCACCAGACUCAAGAAUAGAAGAAAAUCCUUUGGUUUCUACUUAGAAGCCAGAGCUAUAGAAGGAUAAUAAAGAUUUGAAGGAUUUAAUACAAACAAAUACAACAUAAAAAGAAUUUAUGAAAAACUUUUUAAAAGCUGUUAUUGCAAAAAGUUAUUCCAAUCGUUUUAUUGAAAACAUGUUAUAAAAAUCAUAUAUUAAGAAACCAUACCAUUUUUCUCAAUUUUAAAACUUUUUAAUGGAUGAUCUUAGAUAUAUUUAUUAACAUAAUAAAUCUUCAAAACAUUGGUUGAGUACAAUUUGUAAAAGAUUAAGAUUUUUUCCAAUUUUAGAUUAAAGUAGUUAUCUAGUAAUAGGAUGGUAAAUCAUUCAUAUUUUGACUAUAAUUACAGUAUUUUUUUGGACUCCUUUUAAUAUAUCUUUUGGUAUCACAUAUCAACAAAUUGUUUUUGGUGAAAUUUCAGUUAAGAAUGUUGAAAACUAUUUUCUAUUUACAAUAUUAAUAGAUGUAUUGAUAGUUUUAAAUACAUCUUAUAUAGAAAAGGGAGUAAUAAUAAAAUCAAGAAGAAAAAUAUUUACAAAUUAUUUGGAAGGAUAAGCAGUUUAUGAUUUAGUAUUAGAUAUAAUUUAUUUAGUUUUCAUUUUGUUCUCUUUUGAUAGCAAUAGAAUUUGAGAUAGACACUUCAAGUGAAAAAUUGGGUUGGUAAUUGUGUCCAUAUUGUAUAUAUUAUUAUUGUCGAUUAUUUAAAUUAUAAGGACGAGUUCAUAAAUUAGAAGAGUAAUAUUAUAUAUAUAUAUGAAUGAUUUAGGUUUUUCAAUCUUACUGGUUCAUAUUAAGAUUUUAUUGAAUUAAUUAAAUUACUUUUUAUGGUUUUGUAUGUAGGACAUUUAUUUGCUUGUUUAUGGCAUGGUGUUGCUUUUUAUUAAUAAGGAUAUAGAUAAACAUGGAUAGAUGAAUAUGUUAAAGAACCUGAUAUGUUUUCAAUAUAUAAUUAUGCAUUUUAUUGGGCAGUAUAAACUAUGAUCACUGUAGGAUAUGGUGAUUUAACUCCAUAAAAUAAUGCAGAAAGAAUUUGUGCAAAUAUUAGUAUGUUUUUAGCAUGUGGAGUAUUUGCUUUUUCAUUCAAUUCUAUUGGAUUAAUGUUGAGUAAUCUAAAUUCUAGAUAAGUUUUAUAUAAAAAAAGUAUUAACUUAUUAAAUUAAUAUUUGGUUAAGAAUUAAAUUAAAAUUGAAUUGUAAUCACGUAUUAGAAACUAUUAUGAUUAUAUAUUUCAAGAAGAAUAAGAAAUCAAUGAUGAAGAAGUUUCUUAAAUUACAACAAAAUUAUCAAGUAAUCUUUAAGAAGAACUUAAUUUUGAAAUACGUUAUAAUGUUAUGAAAACUAAUAAAGUUUUAACUAAGUUUUCUUAAAAGGUUUUAAAAUAAUUGUCUCUUCAAAUUGAAGAAGUUAGAUUUUCACCUGAAGAUUAAAUAUUACAAUAAGGUAUUUGUGAUGAUGCUGCAUUAUAUAUAAUUACCAAAGGGAUAGUAUGUAUAUAAUUUUAAGAUGAUAACUAAGGAAGUAAUACAAGAGCAUUAUCAUAUCUUACAAAAGGAUAAUCUUUUGGUGAAUAUUCAUUUUUUACAGGUAUGAAUAGAACUGCAUCUGCUAAAAGUGUAGGAUUUUCAAGAGCCUACAAAAUACCCAGAUAAUAAUUACUUAUUGUUUUAGCAUAAAUCCCUCUUGAUUUAGUAAAUAGUAUAAAUAUUAUCAAUAGGAAAGAUAUUGUGAAAUUAGAGAUAGUAUUCUACUUUCCAAUAAUUAUUAACCAUCUAAAUUAAGUUGUUAUUCUUGUUAAAAAUACACUCAUCUCAUCAAAGAUUGUCCAGUCUUACAUUAUGUAGCAGAUCAAGAACGUAUAAUAAAAAAAGAGUAUUUCCCAAUCUUUUAAAACAGAAAUCCUAAUUAUAAAAGGAAACACUAACAUAAAAAAUUUGAAACUCUCAAAGAAUGCAAAAAAACUAUGGUUUUAAUAAGAGAUUUCUAAAACAAAUAAGUUUUAGAUAAUGUAACAGUUAUGGAUGAUGAAUUAGAUGUAUCAUAUGAUGAUAAUGAAUAAGAUAUAUCACCUUAAGAAUAUUGUACUUUUUAUUUUUCACAUUUUUAGCAUCACUUACUAAAAGUUUGUCUAAAAUCUCUAGAUAAUAAUCAUAAAAUAGAAGUUACUCAUAAGAUAAUCUUUUAUAACCUAUUUAAGAAAGUGAUAGUUCCAAAGAUAGUUUCAAAAGUCCUAAUAAAUAAAGAGUUAAGUAAGUUAAAUAAACUAUAUAAACUGCUGGAUUUGGUGUAAGUGAAUCUCUUCAUAAUAGACUUGUAUCUAUUUAAGAAGAAUAAUUAUCAGAAUCUAUUCAUGAUAAACUAUCACAGAAUGUUUCUUAAUCUAAUCUUUAAAAGUUAGAAGAAUAUAAAUUUUCUAUGAAGAAUGAUUCUCUUGGACUUCCAUAUUUAGCUGAAAAUGCAAGGACAUCUGUUAAAAAGAUUACUUUAGUACGCAAAUAAAAAAAAGAGGACUCAUACAAACCAUUUUCAUCAUAAACAUAAGUUGAUAUUAGGGGAAGGGGAUAAUCAAUUCAAAAUCAAAUAAGGAAACCUAAAUUAAAAGAUAUUAGGGAAAUGUCAUAAGAAAUUCCAAUAAAUCCAUCAGUAUAAUCAAUAGAUAAACGAGAUUAAUUAAGGAGAAAGACUACUAAAACAAAUAGAAGUAAAACAGCAAGAUCUCUUAAAACUAAAGUUUAAGAUAAUCAUACACUCACAUAAAAUUAAGAAUUUUCUAGUCCCAUUUAUGAUGAAUAACAUAUAUCUAUGGAAUUGGAGGGUUUUGAAAUAUUAAAGAAUUUUUAAUAUUAUUUUAGUUGGAAUAAUCCAAAAGUAAUAGUUGCAAGAGCUAUGAGAACUUUAAAAUUGAAUAUGGAAAAAAGGAAAAAUUUUGGAAACAUUUUUUCAUUAUAUACUUUUAACAAUUUAGCUAUGAAUAAGGCUUUAAGAAUUAAAAGGAAAUUGAAACUGAUGUAUAUAAUCUUUUCUAUUUAGUGAUGAACCACCUAUAUAAAUAAAUGAGAUAAAAAAGAGUCAUUAAUCUAAAUCUCCGAGAUAAACUAGAAUUGGCAAUAAGAGAAAUACAGCAACUUAAGAUGUUUUGGGUUUUUAACCUAAAAAACCAAGUUUUGGAACAUAAAUUUAAGUAUAAGGACAUACAUUCAAUAAAAUUAAUCAAAAUGAAUUUGAACUUAAAUGA